GUGGGGGCCGGGCCGAGCCCACAGGCUGUCUAUAAAGUGCGCUGCUCCCGACCCUUCUGUAAUUCACUCAGCAGAAGAAGUGAGUCCCGCGGCCGCAGAAGAAGCGUCUUUCCUGCCCAGCCAUGUCCCUGCUCCGAGGUAUAUACAUAGUUGCUGCCAAGCGAACACCCUUUGGGACAUUUGGAGGUUUACUGAAAGAUUUCACGGCCACUGAUCUGGCCGAAUUGGCUGCCAAGGCUAGCCUGUCUGCUGGAAAAGUACCUCCAGAAAUUAUUGACAGCGUGGUCGUGGGCAAUGUCUCACAGACUUCUUCAGACGCUAUCUACGUGGCGAGGCAUGUUGGUUUGCGUGUGGGCGUCCCUCUGGCCACCCCAGCUCUCACUGUGAAUAGGCUGUGUGGCUCUGGCUUCCAGGCUAUUGUCAGUGGAUGUCAGGACAUUUGUGUCAAAGAUGCUGAAGUGGUACUAUGUGGAGGAACAGAAAGUAUGAGCCAGGCUCCUUACUGUGUCAGAAAUGCACGCUUUGGUACCAGGUUGGGAGUAGACCUCAAGAUGGAAGACACUUUGUGGACGUCGCUGACUGAUCAGCAUGUUAAAAUCUCCAUGGCAAUUACUGCUGAGAAUCUUGCUGUAAAACAUAAAAUAAGCAGAGAAGACUGUGAUAAAUAUGCUUUGCAGUCACAACAGAGGUGGAAAGCUGCUAAUGAUGCUGGCUACUUUAAUGAUGAAAUGGCACCAAUUGAAGUGAAAGCAAAGAAAGGAAAAGAGAUGAUGCAAAAGGAUGAACAUCCCCGGCCCCAAACAACACUGGAACAGCUGGCCAAGCUCCCCCCGGUCUUCAAGAAAGAGGGAACCGUCACUGCUGGAAAUGCUUCGGGGGUGUGCGACGGAGCUGCAGUAGUGAUCAUAGCGAGUGAAGACGCUGUUAAAAAACAUAACCUGACCCCGCUCGCCAGAAUUGUGGGCUACUUUGUAUCCGGAUGUGAUCCCAAUAUCAUGGGCAUUGGUCCUGUUCCUGCUAUCAGUGGAGCAUUAAAAAAGUCAGGGCUGAGCCUGAAAGACAUGGAUUUGGUUGAGGUGAAUGAAGCUUUUGCUCCACAGUAUCUAGCAGUGGAAGAAUCUUUGCAACUUGACCCAAGUAAAACCAAUGUGAAUGGAGGAGCCAUUGCCCUGGGCCACCCUUUGGGAGCCUCUGGAACACGAAUCACUGCUCAUCUGGUUUAUGAAUUAAGACGUCGAGGUGGAAAGUAUGCCGUGGGAUCGGCUUGUAUUGGUGGUGGCCAAGGUAUUGCUGUUAUCAUUGAGAACACAGCCUGAGGACCCAAGGACACAGCGACUAGGGCCCUUAACCUGUAAACGUUUAUUUGCUAAACUGAAAGAAAAAUAAUAACCUUCACAUAAGUUUCUGACACUGACCUUGUGUUACCAAAGAUACUUCCAGUGGGCAGGGGUGAGAAACCUGUGGCCUUGAGGCCACAUGUGGCCCUCUAGGUCCUCAAGUGCAGCCUUUUGACUGAGUCCAAGUUUUAC